AUGUCCAGUCUAGAAAACAAGGCAAAUCAGCUGAUAGCAGAGGCCGAAAAGAAAUUAACACCCUUCAGUUUUCUGAAUAUCUUCUUCAACAAGUCCAGCAAGUACGAACAGGCAAGUGAGUGUUAUCAACGUGCGGCUAACCUUCUCAAAGUGUCAAAAAACUGGUCGAAAGCAGCUUCUUGUUUCGCUCAAUGCGCCGAGAUCCACAUUGAAAUCAAUAAUCAGUACGACGCCGCAUUGAAUUACGUGAAUGCAGCCUCCUGUUACAAAAAAUGCAAUCCCCAAGCAGCCAUCGAAUGUCUUAUGAAGGCUAUAGAAGUUUACACUGAUAUGGGAAGGUUCGUGAUGGCCGCCAAACACCACCAAACCAUCGCCGAGAUCUAUGAGUUGCAACUGGUUGAUAUUAAAAAUGCUCUAAACCACUACGAACAAGCGAGCGAUUACUUCAAAUCGGAGGAGAAUAUUGCAUCCUCCGAGAUGUGCUCACUGAAAAUAGCUCAUUACUGUGCCAUCUUCGAAGAUUACCAGAAAGCCAUAGAAAUAUAUCAGCAGAUCGCCUUGGCGCACAUAGGCGGAACGUUACUAAAAUAUAAUGUGCAGGUAUAUCUCUUCAAAGCGGCUUUAUGUCAUCUUUGUGCUGACAUCUUGUGCGGCAAACACGUGAUCCAAAAGUACGUGGAACUGUUUCCGAUGUUCGAGGACUCUAACGAGUGCAAGUUUUUGGUAGAGAUUGUGGAUCGCAUAGAAGAAGACGAUUUGAACGGUUACAUUGCUUCAAAAUUCGAAUUCACUUCGAAAUUUCGCUGCGACGAGUUGGUGAGGACGUUGUUGAUUAGGUUGGAGAAGAUCCUUUCGAACGGCGUCGAUAUGCUAUGA